UCAGGACUCCAUCGAAACACUAUAACCCACACAAGCAGAGGCCCUUUCCCGGAGAUUAUGGUUGCUUUCGGAAUUGUAAGGAUGAAAGCAGCAGCAGCUUUCCUUGGUUUGCGGUUGUGGGCACGUUUGACAGCGCGGUUGUAAAAAUGUCCCUCCCACUCCGGCUGAGGGAGUGAGCAAAGCAGGAAGGAAGGGGAGGCUUUGAAUGCUAAAAGGGUUGCAAAUGUUGAAGAAGUGCGAGAAGUGGGGGUUUGAACAUCAAGAAAUGGAGUGGUACAAUUAACCUGCAAUGUGCCAGGUUGCAGUGAGCCUUCACCGCCAUCAUCAUCGUUGCCUUGUUCUUCAUCUUCGCUAAGAGAGAUGUGCCAUUUCUACAUGGGAUCCCAGUAAUCAUGGAGAUUGAAAACAUUGUGGCCAACACCGUACUGCUGAAGGCAAGGGAAGGAGGAGGUGGUAAGAGGAAUGGCCGAAGUAAAAAAUGGAAGGAAAUGCUAAAACUGCCACAUAUCAGUCAGUGUGAAGGGUUAAGGCAAACAAUUGAACGGGACUAUUACAGCCUCUGUGAGAAGCAGCCAAUUGGAAGACUUCUCUUUCGACUAUUCUGUGAUACCAGACCAGAGCUGAAGAGAUGUAUUGAAUUCCUGGAUACAGUAGCAGAGUAUGAAGUGGCAAAUGAUGAGAAGCGCAAAGACUGUGGUUUAAAUGUUUUAGACUCCUUCUUUAAUAAUGGGUCGGCAGCCCACUUACCGGAAAUACCUCAGGAAGCAGUUCAAGAAUGCAGAGAGAAACUGGAGCAGAGUCCAUGUAAAGAGCUCUUCAAAGAAUGCACUCGAAUUGUGCAUGAAUAUCUCAGUGGAGAACCAUUUUCGAAGUAUCAAGAAAGCAUGUACUUUUCACGUUUCCUACAGUGGAAAUGGCUGGAAAGCCAACCUGUAACCAAAAAUACCUUCAGGCAUUACAGAGUUUUGGGCAAAGGUGGAUUUGGAGAGGUAUGUGCUUGUCAAGUACGUGCCACUGGUAAGAUGUAUGCCUGCAAAAAGCUGGAAAAGAAAAGAGUGAAAAAAAGGAAAGGAGAAGCAAUGGCACUAAAUGAAAAGCGGAUUUUGGAGAAGGUUAACAGCAGAUUUGUUGUUAGUCUAGCCUAUGCCUAUGAAACGAAGGAUGCACUUUGUCUAGUUUUAACAAUAAUGAACGGCGGUGACUUGAAAUUCCAUAUCUAUAACAUGGGAAAUCCUGGCUUUGAUGAGAAGAGGGCUGUGUUUUAUGCUGCUGAGAUCUGCUGUGGGCUGGAGGACUUGCACAGGGAGCGAAUUGUGUACAGGGACCUGAAGCCAGAAAACAUUCUUUUAGAUGACCGUGGUCAUAUUCGCAUCUCAGACCUUGGUCUUGCAGUUCAGAUCCCAGAAGGAGAAAGCAUUAGAGGAAGAGUUGGCACAGUUGGUUAUAUGGCUCCCGAGGUGAUAAAGAAUGAAAGCUAUACCUUUAGCCCUGACUGGUGGGGACUUGGCUGUAUUCUGUUUGAGAUGAUCCAAGGACAGUCUCCUUUCCGGCGGCGCAAGGAACGAGUGAAACGGGAAGAGGUUGACAGGAGAGUACGUGAGGACCAGGAAGACUACUCUGACAAAUUCUCUGAAGAGGCUAAGUCUAUCUGUAAGAUGCUUUUGGCCAAAGAUCCCAAGGAACGACUUGGCAGCCAAGGAGGUGGUGCCACAGAAGUUAAACAGCAUGCGAUAUUUAAAAAUAUUAAUUUCAAGAGGCUGGAAGCCAACAUGCUGGAUCCUCCUUUUAUUCCUGAUCCUCGAGCCGUGUACUGCAAAGAUGUUUUGGAUAUUGAACAGUUUUCAACAGUAAAAGGAGUCAACUUGGAUCCUACCGAUGAUGAUUUCUAUCAUAAAUUUGUUACGGGCAGUGUCUCCAUCCCCUGGCAGAAUGAGAUGAUUGAGAUGGAAUGUUUCAAGGAGCUCAAUGUGUUCGAGUCGGAUGGCACCCCCGGCCCAGACCUAGAUGUUAAUAAGCCCAAUCCCCCUGCAAAGAAAGGUUUCUUUUAUCGGCUGUUCAGAAGGGAGGUAAACCAUCAUUAGCCCUGCUAGUGUCAUUGAACAACUGAGGCAAACCUGGGCUUUUCUGCUGCACCCUGUUAUUGUAUGACAAAGUCUCCUAGAAAACGACAGGGUCAUAUUCAAGGGAAUUAAAAAGAUGCUUGGAAGAAUACACACUGAAGCCUGAACCUUACCACUGUCAAGGCUUUCAGCCCUUAUUGCAGUUCAUUUUACUGAACACAAAGACCACAGCCAGUUAACUGAGACGCUGGACCUUCUGGAACCAUAUUAACCAUCUGUGUUACCAUGUUAUACUGAAGGGAGGCUUAUGAGCUCCCAAGAAUCUAACUGCCAAGCAGGAGCCCCUCACACCCUGAAGACAGACAUGCAGUUCUCAUUCAGUAUCCAUUUUGAUGCUGCUAUUAUUUUGUAAAUCAUAUCUUGCGACUAGACAUUCAAUUCACGGAUGAGGCUUUUCAUUGUUCUUUAUCACUUUUUUGAAGUAUGGCUUGGCUCUUAUAACAAAUUAAAGAGAACAAAAGUUUCUCCACUACCUCCAGGAAAGUCGUCCUUAGUUCAGAUCUGGUUGAGUGUCUUCGUGUAUCCAUUUUUUGUCAUCUGUUUUUAUCUGUUAAACGGGGCGACUUUUGAUGUCUCGACAUGUUUUAGAUUUUUUCAUGUCACUUGAGUUUACUAGUUGCAACAAAUAAUUCAAUUAUGGUUUUUUUAACUUUUCUUUUUAAAACAAUCUUAAGUCAACAUUUUGGUAUCUGAGAUUCCCAUUUUCAGAAACAGAACUUUUCCACUGCAAAAUCAUUUGUUUUAAAAUGGACUGAGUCAAACAAAAGACACAGCGAGGAGGUUACUUUAAAAAUAGUGGGUCUCAAUGCAAGGCCAUCUCAACGUAGACAAGUGCACAGUGUCCAAAGAAAUGCUUCAGUCAAAGCGUAAGUUUGCCGUAACGUAUUGCUUGCAGUGUGACAUAAAUCUGAAGAAUUCAACAAAGACAGAUAUUUCUGUUUUUUUCUUUGGCAAAGACAGCUUUUUGUCUGUCAUCUAUUAAAGCAUUGACUCUUAAACAUCAAAUUGCUAGAAAAUAUUGUAAUGAGUGAUUUUGUUUCCAGUCCCCAGGUGUUUUUUUUAUUAAUGGGUUACAGUGGUGAUGAAGAAGACCCAUCAAGACAGCCACUCUCUAAACCAAACCGUCACAAUUAAAAAAAAAAAACAAAAGAAUGUUUUACUGUAUUUAUGACUUGUAUUAAAAGUGUAUUAUAAAUGAAAAGAAAUUACUGUAUGAGUUUACAGAUUUUGUACAUUUGUACUUGAAUUGUCUAGAUGUAUAUUUUCACUAAAGUCGUAUUGUACAAAAAGCCAUAUAAAUACCACUUGAAUGCAUACAUUUUUGGAAUGUAUAUUUAAAUGUUUGUGGGAGUUUUUUGCCUUUUAAUUUUAUUUUGUUUUAACAUAAUAGUUGCAUCUGUUGUCCUUUAUUUUGCAUCACAGGCCAUUUAUAUUAAUCCUGUAGUCAUUUCUAUAUGCCUGAUUUACUGUGGCAUUUUUUACAGCAGUGGCCCAUCUAUUUACUGAAACAAUUUAGAUUAUAAAAAUAGCCAAAAUGCUUUCUAAACAUUUCAUUUGUGAAUUUCUUGACCAAUUUAAAACAUUAAUCUGUUGAUCAGCCAUUGUUGUUUAUGUUACUGCAUUUCACUAGUUAUUCAUUAAAAGAAUUAUGUAAAAUUAACAUAACAUAUUUUCUACAGAUAGUGAGAAGGCAAUAGGACAGUACAGCUUUUAGUAUCUGUAUGUACAUAUACAGUAUACUGUACAUGCAUAUAAUGUGUGUCUGUGUGUAUAUUUGUGUGUUUACAGACACAUUAACAUAACAUUUUCAAACCUGCUAUAUACAUUAUAUACAGUAUGUAUAUAAGUAUAUAUAUUGUAAUAACACAAAGGAACAAUAUUAAGGGUUGUACCCUGUAUAAUGUCCAGAAGAAAAAAUAAACAAAUAAUCAGGACUGCAAUGGUCCAAAGUUAAAAGUUUCUUAAGUGGGAAAACAUGCGGAUUCAACAAUGAAUGCCGACUUCCAGCCAGCCCAUCGUUGUUGUAUAUACCUGUCAAAGCUUAAAGGGGGCAAUUUACGAGGGCUAGAAGUGACGUCAGAGACCUUCUCUUAUUUCUUUUUCUCUUCUGUGGAUAAAAUGACAUAAACAGUUAACAGCUGCAUCUCCCUACCCUCUCGCUCUGAAAUUCUUACCUUGAUAGAACCCUAAACACACCUCUUGGUGUGCAUGUCUGACAAUAUAUAUACAUAUACUCAUGUUCAAUAGGUAGAUAUUUACAGCCUUCUUUAACACAAGCUGCCAGUACAAUUAAAAUAAGCAAAAUGAUACAUACAGAGUUUUUCCAAGUCCCUUUUUGUCCCUGACACCAUUGCAUUCUUCUGUCUUGUAAUGUUUCUUUUUUAAUUAGACAUAUUUCCUCAUUAUGUAUGUUUCCUGUUUCAAUCUGGAGUUUAAAUCAUUAGUAAGAAGCAGUUGGUUCCAGAGCGGUGUACCCAACAGCAAAAAUAACUCCAUACCAAUAAAUGUAAAUCUAUUAUUCAUUCCAUAUACUUUAUGCCAGAUGUGUGGGCUCAAAACAGCUCCAUCAUUGCCAAAUAGUUAUCAUAUUUUAGUUACGGUCACAAACAGUUAAUCUGUAAAGACAAUACUUACAAAGUGAAUUCCUCAAAAUGUUGGCUUUUGAUUGCAUUUUGCUUGUCAGAUUUGUAGGGAAUUAGUGCCAGUCUCUGCAGCAGUGGAUUAAGGGCCAUAACCCACUCUGACUGGCGCAUUAGUCCAUUGCGGUGCAAGCUUACACGCACAAAAUAUGGAGAAAACCUGAAUCUCAAGAAGGACACGAUGCAAACUCCGCAAAGAAGACACUCCCCCGAUCCGGAACUUGUAGGCAAUUCAAGUGUCACCUGUAAAAAAAAAAAAAAAAUAAUCAGUAGGCAAAACAGAGCAGAUUUCCCUAAUACAGUCGGUAAUAUGUGCUCAGUACAUGUGAUAAAAAAAUUACCCUAUAAUAAUAAAAUCAUUAAAAAAUGCAAGUGAUGAUAAGCAUUCAUUUUUUUAUCUGAUUUCCACUCGUAAUUCUAAAUUCUAAUAAAAUUUCGUGGCCUAAUAUUUCAUAUUUUAUGGAAAACCUUGAAUCUGAUUUUUGGGCUUUAAUUUCCUUAGCAUUAUGUGUACUCUCCGAAAAACAAAGCAUUUUUUCCAUAAUUACGUGUAACAGAAAUAUGAAAAUACGGAAACAUUAACAUACAGUAGGAAAGGCAUGUUGAGUGUCCACUCCUGCACUGACGCAGAUUUAGUACACGUGUUUUGAUCCAGUCAAUAACACAUAGCCGAUGUGGCAAUCGAGGACAGUACAGGCUUGUUUCCUUGAGCACUUUUCUUAUAAUAUGAGAGGGUAGAAUGCACAUGAGAGGGUAGAAUGUCAGUGCCUGAUCCACACGAGUGAUAUGCCCUUUGUGCUAUUGUAGGCUACCACAGCACAAGGUUUAAUGUCUUCCACAUGUCCCCUGACACAAAUAUUAAUAUUUGCUGCCUUAUGAACAGUGCUUAAGAGGCUAACAUCUUUUUGGUCCUUCAGCUUGAUCACAAUCAUUUUGCUUUCUUCCAUGCAAGCUCCAUGCCACUGAAUUCACCAGGCUUAUCACAGGCUUAUAUACUGCUGUAUGUAUCAGUUUCACUCUCAACGUCUGAUGACCAAGUCCCAUUGUCAUCACUAUUGUUGAAUUCAACUAAUGAUACAGUUUCAGUUUGCUCUAAAGCUGACUUUACAGCCCCGUAUUUACAUACCAUUUUGUUUUUGCUGAAGGCUCUUCUCCACUCAUGAAUAUUGAUGACCUACCAUAGAGUGGAAGAAUGCAUAGAGAAAUCAAUGAUUUGUCUAUGCAAUAUGAUGGUAUUUCAUUUUCACAAAAUGACAGGAGAAUACUGUCCAGAGAGUUAUUUGGGCUUAGAACUCUGUAUUUAGUCAAAACCGGUUACCCCACGUACUGCUCGGGGUUAACCAUUUUUAAAUAGAAUUCAAUGCCCACUUCAUACUAGGGAUUAAUGCCAGGGAGGUUAAAGAAUGAGGAAUCUGUCCUGUGCAAGCUGUUGGGGUCAAAAGGAACUGCUGACAGCAAUGUUCAGUUGAGCAUUUAACAAGACACUGAAAGAGGUACCUGCAAAAUGUUGACAUACCCUGUGCUAAUUAUCAUUGUCAUUAUGGGAUGCUUCAUUUUUAUGCCAUCUCUACUUUGAAAGUCCUGUCACUCAGCUAUCCACUCUCGAAAAUGUUACUUUACUAAUAUAAUUAAACUGCUCAGUAGGGUUAAAGUUUCAUAUUUUAAUUAUUUUUUAUUAGUCACAUACUGUAAAAUGCAAAGAUUUCAUUACACCCCAAUCUUUUUUCCAUUCACUUUUACUACACUUCAUUUUCCUGUGCUAUCACCACUCCUUAGAGGCAUCCAUACCGUGUGUGAUUUGUCUAAAACUUUUACUUCAUUCCUUUAUACUAGUAGUCUUAAAUAAUUGUGGUGAUCAGUAGAGGAUACCAAAAGCAAAACUAAAACAUCAAUGGAUGUGCCUUCAAGUAUUCUUAGGGCAAUGCUUUCUUUUGUUUUAGAAUUCAGGUCUGAGUUGAGAAAGGCUUCUUAAGCCCAUGCAUUCUUCACAAUGUGGGCCACAGUGCUCCUCAAUCUUAAAUAUUUAAACUGUCUCAGUUCAGUUGUUUUUUUUCUGUUUGCGUAGCUUUAACUUAUCGCUGAGAGAUAUCAGUAAAUAAAAUUGCAUUCUAAGAGAAUGAAGUGAUACUAUUUUAGGCAUUGCUUUGUGCAAGACUUUGUCAAGCUUUUGUGAAGCUAUUUCUUCAAUGGACAAGUGACUGAUACAAGUAUGCCCACUCGUUAGUCCAGCCAUACACCUUCAUCCAAGCUCAUCCCAGCAGCAAGAGAACAACCAACCCCAGAUACAUUCAGUGUGUCGUCUCAUCAGUCCUUUUCAUGUGUUCAGGGUUGCAUGGCUUUGGCACUCAUCCUGACAACAUCGCUCACAAGACAGUAACUCUGGAAAGGCCACUGCACCGUUAAAGGGCAUACACUCCCACACAUACAGCCACAUUCAAUUGCACCAGACCACUCUAGUGAUAAUAAUGCAUGUGACAAGCAUAUCCUUAAAAUGUGGGAGAAGACUGAAAUAGCCACGGGAAACUUGCAUGGAUACUGGGAGAAUGUAAAAGCUCCACACAGGCAGUGCAAAUUCAGACCAGUGUGGCUGUGGCUAUGCUGCCAAGUAAUAAGUACUGAAUUUAUUCUUUUCUACUCAGUAUGGUAUGAAGAUAGUUUUAAGUUGUUAUAUAAAAGUGAAAUGAUACCUGUAAUAUGAAGAAUAAAUGACUUGACUAUCCUGGCAGUUAUUGCUGGACGACAUUCGUGGCUCAUUGGUCACCUAAAGGCUAAAAAUGAACAACAUUUAUGAUCAUUCACAUGAGCUGUUGCUUUUGUAAAGACCAAAUCAAGUUUCUUGCAAAGUGUGUGCACUAUUUUGAGACUCGCGCACAUUAUUUCUAUCUACCUAUUUCCUAAUUCUAGGCUGUGAGGGUAACACAGACUAUCUUGGCUGUAAUCAGAAACAACACUGGGAACAACUUUAGACAAGGCAGCAGCCAGUCCAUCACACACUCACGUCCGUUUUAGAGUUACUAAACACAUACAUACUCAUUCAAAAUCACCCAAAUGACUUCUCAUCCGUAGUUCCCCUUAAAGUCAGUUGUAAAAUGUUUUUAAAAAUGAUUUCUACACAGAAGAGAUUCUAGCUAAUGUUAUUUUCUACUUUCAUUAUUCCACAGGCACAGUAAGGUGUUCCUUUGAUGUCAGUAUUCUGGUUUUGAUUCUGAUGUUCUUUCCAGCUGUGUUUGUGAAAAUCCAGUUUCACCCUUAUGCUUGAAGUACAAAAUUCGGGUAACAUAUAUACAGUAUGUACCCUCGCAGACAUAAUAAAGCAAAUUGUAAAAAUAAUUACAUAUUUUGUACAAUGAUAUCAAGUUAGUGAAAAGAGUUGGGGGUCCCAGAAUGGCAAGUCCUGUUAAUUUUCAGAAGGUUUAGUUUCAGCAGCACAAUGCCAGCAAACCCUCAUAAGCAACUGUUUCCAUCUGUUCUGAAAUGACGUCAGACAGACAGACAGACAGACAGACAGACAGACAGACAGACAGACAGACAGACAGACAGACAGACAGAUAGAUAGAUAGAUAGAUAGAUAGAUAGAUAGAUAGAUAGAUAGAUAGAUAGAUAGAUAGAUAGAUAGAUAGAUAGAUAGAUAGAUAUUUUAUUAAUCCCAAGGAGAAAUUCACAGUUGGAAAGCAGGGAAGAGUUGGGCAGUUGGCUGCCAGUUGGGGUCAUCUGGGUCACCAACUUCUGGACUAUGAAGGGAACAGGCAAACACAUUACACCUUUGGAUCUCUGUGUUUCCUUUAAUUUAGUCACCAUAAGUUCAGACAGCGUGCCUGACACAUGCACACAUACACGUACAGUACAUCAUAGUAAGACAUUUAUCUCAUCACCUGAAUUUAUUUAAAACAUCACUGUAUUAUUAUCCCCUUGUGUGACAAUUUAAUCCCCAAAAUGAACGUGUGGAAAAAGUUUGUUCAGUUUUUUGGUUGUUUCCUUCUGACCGAAUCCUGUUAACCUUUUCAGCACUUCUAAACAGCAUUGUUGGCUGACUUUUUAAUGAAUUCACGAUGGACCAGCGUCUUGUGAUCAGGUGACACUACACGACGGCUGGAAUUAUAUUGUCACACAUCUCAUAAAUUAUGUUGGGUCAAAGCUGAAUCAAGUAUAUUUUGCAACAAAUGAUCCACAGAAUGAGGAGGAGAUUGACCAGGAGACGUUGGAAAACAAAAGGGGUUAACAUGAAAGUCGUAAGAAGCAAUGAAACCAUGCUCGCACUGACUUAGGUAAUUAUCCCUCACUAAUACUACAAAGUUGUUUCGUAGAUUUUUGAUCCAAGACAAGGAUAUUAAAAAUUGUGUGCAGCCAUCUUAAAUAACAAAAUGGUCAUCAUGUACCAUGCAGUAAAUAUCAUUGUUAUACACAAUAUGGCCACGGCAUCAGUAAAUCAGGUCAAAAAUCAUUCAAGAUGGUGCUGCAGUCAUGUUAAAAAACAUAAGAAAAUAAUUACAAAAUAGAUAUAACCAGCCAAUAAUGUGAAUUCAUGACUCUUGAGACAGCUCUGGUGAAUCUGUAUAAUAAACUCAUCUGGUGACCACCAGGGAAAUUGGUAAAACCCACCUUUGAUAUGAUGGGCUUUGUGACAAACCGCAGCUUAUAACUAGCAGGCACCUCAGACCACUUUGAUCUUUCACAGAAAAUGUCUUGAAGCAUUCCAGUUGGCCAGCCAGAAAAAAGGGAUGAAGGUAGUGAUGGGCCAUGCUAGUUGAGGAAAUGAAAGCGUUAAGGGAAUCCCAUGUCCAAAAACAUUCAUAAUGCACAAAAAUCUACAUUAUAUAGUGUAGUGAGGUCCAAAGAGAUAUGAAAGUCCUAAGUGAUAGAUCACUAUGCCAUAAAAGAGCUUUACUGUGUCCUCCUUCAUCAGAGUGUUGAAGGACUUUACAGCUCCAUUUGGUAGCUGUGGGUUUCGUGCUAGUUAAUUGACAUGUGAAGACAAAACAUUUUUCAAUACAAAGAGUCAUUGCUGUUGGGGUCCCAAGUGUACAUCAGUGACCUCCUUUAAUUAUCGGCAGGGGAUCUGGUGUGCAGCUCUAGAUAUGUGGCUAUAGAUUCCUUAUUUAAAGAGAUUUGCAUAUGGAAACUUUCUGCUCUCCAUUUAAGGGAUAAAGCAAAUUCUCCACUCCAGGUUUGAUUUUUUUGUUAUUAUAAUAAUUAUUUUGUCUUGUAAAAGCAUUCAGUCAUCAUGGUUCACAUCCUCUUUCUGACAAGAAGAAGAGCUGCUUUAGCAAAAUGCUCAUUUGAAAAGGAAACAAGUAAAUCAUUUUACAUUGUUCAAUCAUAAUAUGAAUCUACGAAUGUUUUCUUCUUAAUAGUGCACUGUGGCAACCAACAUAGGACCUUUGGUUUUCUCAGCAAUUUCAUAAGCAAGCCAAACGCACCAAAAGGGUCCCGUUGUGGUCAUUCCAUGACUGUAUGGGCGACAUUUUCUAUUCAGAACGAUCUUUGGCCUUGUGCCCAUUCGCCAAGCCAGUGAAGGAGGGCGUUUGAAUCCAGAGACUCCAUUGUCUCUGUCUUGGCCUGGUAAGAAAACACUUUAAAGUUUGAAUGUCUGCACAAAGUGCUUUUCAAAAUGCUUGGUUUUGUAUUGUUUAUUUAAAUGUUUUAACAAUCGAGCAUGUAGUAAUCUUCAGGUUAUUGUUUUGUAAAUUAUAUUACAGUGGUAACAUAUCUGAAGUCAAAUAGGAUGCCUCCUUUAUUAAUGCAAGGUGACCAAUUUUGUAUUUGUAAAAAAAAAAAAAACAAUAAUAAUGUAAUGUAUUUCAAACCACUGCGGUCAGUGUAAAAGUUCUAUCAUUGGGUGUUGUAUCAUAUCCAGAUAAUUUCUAAUUAAAAAAAAUAAAACACUGCCAUUUCAAUGCAAA